AUGGUCUUCCACGAGAGUGAGGGUCUUGGAAGAGCUUCAUCGGAAGGGGAGCAUCACACAGCACAUCUGGGAGCAGCGGAGCUUUGGCUUCUGCAAGGAGCAGUCAGCUGUCCUCAGGAUUUGCAGAUCCAGCACGAGGAAUCUGUUUCCUCAACUUUCCCAGAAGAACCUCUCAUCGAAAACUUGGGAAAUGCGGGGCAUCCAAACUUUUGCAUUGGGCCCUGCCGCUUCUUCGCCCGUGGUGUUUGCGAAAGUGGUGACAUGUGCAACUACUGCCACCUGCCACACCAGGGCCCAAAGCUGGACAAGCGACAGCGCAACUUGUUGAAAAGGAUGCCGAAGAACGAGGGGAUCAAUCUCCUCUCCUUGAGCAUCCAAUUGAAGGCGAAGAGAGCCCAGCGACUGAACGAGCACAUCCAGGUUCAGGAGCUUCUCCAGCUUUUGCAUACAGAGAGCCGAAUUGAGUGUGCCAAUGAGCUUGUCUCCAUGGCUCCCGUCUUAACACGGCAGGACGUCCAGGGUCUUAAGACAAAACUCGCGGCGAUGUCCCUGCCGGAGAUGAUGGGUUGUUGCAACGUCCUUCCUCUCAGGUUCGAGAAGGAGCUUUUGGCGGAAGUGGCACGGCUGCGAGGCCAAAGUGCAGCGAAGGGCUUGGUGUCCCCGCCUUUGGUAGAAGAGUUUGAACUUUUGAAUCUGCAAUCGACCCAAUUAUGCCAUGGAAUCAGAAUCAGCCUAUAG